AUGGCAGCCUGUCUGUUGCAUCAGACGCGAGGCUGCUGCUGCGCUGCUGCUGCUGGCGGGCUCUCUGCAGGGCAUCCAGGAGCCGGGCGAGGGACCCCUCCUCCUCCGCUCGAUCUCGCUCUUCUUCCCCCCAGUCGUUGCUGCUGCGCGGCUCCUCAGCACCGAACCUCCUUCGGGCCAGGCCGUCGCCUCCCGCGCCCAGAAUGCUCGGUGGGACCAACCAUUUCCUAAGGCGAUUCUCCACCGCGGCCACGAUGUAUUACCAAAAUAAACUAAAGCUAGCUUUAAUAGGUCAGAGUCUUUUUGGACAAGAAGUGUACAGACACUUGCAAAAAGAAGGCCAUAAAGUGGUGGGAGUGUUCACUGUCCCAGACAAAGAUGGAAAGGUCGACCCUUUGGCAUCAGCUGCAGAAAAAGAUGGGACCCCUGUAUUCAAGUUCCCAAGAUGGAGGGUCAAAGGCAAGCCUAUCCAGGAAGUUCUUGAAGCAUAUGAAUCAGUUGGAGCAGAGCUGAAUGUGCUUCCCUUCUGCACACAGUUCAUUCCCAUGGAUGUUAUUGACAGACCAAAGCAUGGUUCUAUUAUCUACCAUCCAUCAAUCCUUCCCCGGCACAGAGGAGCAUCUGCAAUCAACUGGACUUUAAUUCAUGGAGACAGAAAAGCAGGAUUUACAGUUUUCUGGGCGGACGAUGGUCUGGACACUGGCCCAAUUCUCCUGCAGCGAGAAUGUGAUGUUGGCCCAAAUGAUACUGUGGAUGACCUAUAUAAUCGGUUUCUUUUCCCAGAAGGAAUAAAAGCCAUGAUAGAAGCUGUGCAAUUAAUUGCCGAUGGUAAAGCUCCUCAUGUCCCCCAGUCUGAAGAAGGGGCAACUUAUGAAGGCAUCCAGAAGAAAGAAAAUGCAGAGAUUUUUUGGGAUCAACCAGCAGUAGCUUUGCACAACUGGAUCAGAGGGCAUGAUAAAGUACCUGGAGCUUGGGCACUGAUUGAUGGUCAGAGGGUUACUUUCUAUGGGUCAACAUUACUUGAUAGUUCAGUACCCCCUGGCAAGGAACUGGUGAUACAAGGAGCCACCCAACCUGGACUUGUAACUAAGAAUGGACUUGUUCUUUUUGGCAAUGAUAAAAAGAUGUUGCUGAUAAGACAUCUACAGUUUGAAGAUGGAAGAAUGAUCCCAGCAUCUAAAUAUUUUUCUAGGGAUGAGGUGUCCACUGUAAAUCUUACUGAAGAGGAGAAAAAGAUGGCAGAAGAUAUCAAGUCCAUUUGGAAAGGAAUUUUGAGCAAUGUGGCUGCCAUUGAAGAUUCUACCGACUUCUUUAAAUCUGGAGCAUCCUCUAUGGAUGUUGUUAGAAUGAUUGAAGAGAUUAAACAAACUUGUUGUGGCCUUGAGCUACAGAAUGAAGAUGUCUAUAUGGCACCUAAGUUUGGAGACUUUAUCCAAAUGGUUGUUCGGAAACAUCGGGGAGAAGAUAAGGAGGAAGAACUGGUAAUAGAUUAUGUUUCAAAAGAUGUCAACAAUAUGACUGUAAAGAUGCCGCAUCAGUGUUUUAUCAAUGGACAGUUUAUAGAUGCUGAAGAUGGAAAAACAUACGACUCUAUAAAUCCAACUGAUGGAUCAGUGAUUGCCCAGGUGUCCCUGGCUACAGUCAGUGAUGUUGACAAAGCAGUAGCAGCUGCAAAGGAGGCCUUUGAGCAAGGUGAAUGGGGAAGAAUGAAUGCUAGAGACCGAGGGAGAUUGAUGUACAGACUUGCAGAUCUGAUGGAGGAACACCAAGAAGAACUGGCAACCAUUGAAGCCAUUGAUUCAGGAGCUGUUUACACUCUAGCUUUGAAGACUCAUGUGGGAAUGUCUGUCCAAACAUUCCGAUACUUUGCUGGAUGGUGUGACAAAAUACAGGGGACUACCAUCCCAAUUAAUCAUGCACGUCCAAAUCAUAAUUUAACUUUCACCAAGAAAGAACCUUUAGGCGUCUGUGCAAUUGUCAUUCCUUGGAAUUACCCACUGAUGAUGCUUGCGUGGAAAAGUGCAGCAUGUUUGGCUGCUGGCAACACCUUAGUUCUGAAACCAGCACAGGUCACUCCUCUGACUGCCUUGAAGUUUGCAGAGCUCUCUGUCAAAGCAGGAUUUCCCAAGGGUGUUAUAAAUAUUCUACCUGGUUCAGGUGGUUUAGUAGGACAACGUUUGUCUGAACACCCAGAUAUUCGAAAACUUGGAUUUACUGGUUCAACGCCAAUUGGGAAACAGAUCAUGAAGAGUUGUGCAGUCAGUAACCUGAAGAAGGUUUCCUUGGAACUGGGUGGAAAAUCUCCUCUGAUUAUAUUCAAUGACUGUGAACUUGACAAAGCUGUGAGGAUGGGCAUGGGAGCCGUUUUCUUCAACAAAGGAGAGAACUGCAUUGCAGCUGGUAGACUGUUUGUGGAAGAAACCAUUCAUGAUGAAUUUGUUAGGAGAGUGGUGGAAGAAACUAAAAAGAUGAAAAUCGGCGAUCCACUGGACAGAUCCACAGACCAUGGUCCCCAGAACCAUAAGGCCCAUUUAUUAAAACUUUUGGAGUACUGUGAAAUUGGGGUGAAAGAAGGAGCCACACUGGUGCUUGGAGGAAGACAAGUAUGUAGACCAGGUUUUUUCAUGGAACCUACCAUCCUGACAGAUGUUGAAGACCAUAUGUAUGUUGCAAAGGAAGAAUCCUUUGGCCCUGUAAUGGUCAUUUCAAAGUUCAAAGAUGGGGAUAUUGACGGUGUACUAGAACAAGCCAACAGAUCAGAAUAUGGCUUGGCUUCAGGGGUCUUCACCAAAGACAUAAGUAAAGCUCUGUAUGUCAGUGACAAACUGGAAGCCGGAACGGUUUUUAUUAACACCUAUAACAAAACGGAUGUUGCAGCUCCAUUUGGUGGAUUCAAACAGUCUGGCUUUGGAAAAGAUUUAGGCGAAGAAGCACUUCAUGAGUAUCUCAGAACGAAGGCAGUAACAGUGGAAUAUUAAUCAACAAAGCAAUUCCAUUGAUAAUAGAUUUAACUUUAACAUAUUUCCUCAAGCACAAGGCAGGCGGGACUGUUAGAGACAUUUGCUGGCAUUACAAAAACCAGAACCUCAUCCUACUGAGCCAGGGAAGAACACUUGAAUUCCUGUCAGACAUUCUCUCUUCAGCUAUAGUUUGUUGCCAAGCUUCUACUGACCUAGAUCCACUAGCAGUAUUUGCAGUUUAGUAGGGCCCCCGAGAUGCGUUCAAGACUUUUCUGUGAAAUAUCUCCAGCUGUAUCCUCUCUUAUUGUUUUGCCUUUAUUAUCCACUAAACUAAAAUAUCAGUUGCAAAGUUACUGCACAUCUAGUGGUGGAUCCACAUUUAUAUAACAGUGCACUGAAGUCUCCAGCUCCCUAAGCAAGAAGCAGUGGGCUAGACUGCUUGUGUUCUCCAAAGUCAACACGUGGCUUUCUUAACUUAAGUUUCUAAAACGGUGCAUUAGACCAGCAUUAAGUGUCUUUGUUUCUGAAACACACAUCCAGCAGCAUAUUUUAAGCAACAUAGAAAGUCACUUGACUAUAAACAUUGUAAAUGAAUUCAAGGAAGUGCACUUACUAUAAUACAGAGCUUGACAUCUGUGUUGAACUAUGCAUAUAAAAGCUAUAGCAAAUAUUUUAUAAUCUGUUUGCCAAUAAUGUAAUCAACAGAGUUGUGAAUGCAAAUUACAUUAAACUAUGCGUGCUUUACAA